UACAUAUAUGUUUGCAUUUAUACAUGAAUUUUAAAAGGCGAUGAUCCAAAUCUAGAUACCUUUUAUAACCUCCAAAGAUCAUACAAAUAUUUAUUAUUCAGUAAAUUAUUCUAUUCUCUACUUAAUGAAAUGAGGUUUACAUUUCACAGAUUUUUCAAUUACAAAGUACUUCACAAUAUAAGAAGUUUACAUGUUUCGCAAAAUGCAAGAAAAAGUAGUUACGAUGGACCUGGGAAAACAACAGUAACCAUACUCAAUAAAAAUGAUACCUCUUUACUGUUAAUAACCGGUUAUAAUCAAACAGGAUUCAAAUUAAACAAUGGUAUCAAUAUAAUUGGACCUACGGUUUUAUUUUCCAAAUCGUUAUUAUUUUGGAAUGUUGCAUCUGCAAAGGAUAUAAACAAAGAUUCACUCAUAUUAUUUAACAUUUUAGAACCAAAGUUAGAUUUAUUAAUAAUUGGAUUAGAAAAAAAUUAUGAUCACAAAUUUAUUAUCAAUCUUAAACAAAUCAUAAAAGAUUUGAAUAUAAACAGUGAAGUUUUACCAGUAGAUCAAGCGUGUAGCGUAUUCAACUUUGCAAAUUUAGAAAAAAGGUAUGUUGCCGCAGCUUUGAUUCCAUCUAAACAGAAUAUUAUACUUCCUUCAUUGAUUGAACAAAAUUUUAAUAAAGAUAAUCAAGUAACAUAAUUUGAAAGUAAUUAAAUGAUGUAAAGUUAUAAGUUUACUGUUAAUGAUAUUAUUUUAAAAUCAUUAAGUUAAGCGAAGAAGUACGAGUAUAGAGUACAUUCAUAAGUUUAAUUAUGAGAUAUUUUUAUUAAGAACAAUAUGUAUAUUAAGUGACGUUAUAUAGAAAACAACGAUUCUCUCUGUAAAAUGAAGAAGAAAAAAAAAAAAAA